AUGGCCACACUUCCAAACCUUCCAUACGCGUACAAUGCGCUCGAACCUUAUAUUUGUGAGGAGAUUAUGACCCUCCAUCAUCAAAAGCAUCAUCAGGCCUACAUCAACGGCCUCAUUGCUGCAGAGAAACAGUAUGCAUCUGCCACAUCGCCAAAGGAACGUAUUGCUCUCCAGGCUGCCAUCAAGUUUAAUGGCGGUGGUCACAUCAAUCACUCGCUCUUCUGGGAAAACCUGGCACCUUCUCAAAAACAAAACGCAAGCGCCAUCGGUGGCGUCCUCAAGGCUGGCCCUCUCGCAGACAUGGUCAAUAGAGACUUUGGCUCUCUCGAGGAAAUGAUCAAAGAGUUUAAUACCGCCACCCUCGGCAUCCAAGGCUCUGGCUGGGGAUGGCUCGUCUAUGACACAAAGAACAAGCGUCUGGUCAUCACCACCACACCCAACCAGGACCCCGUUCUGAGCCCCUACGUCCCCCUCAUUGGCGUUGACAUCUGGGAGCACGCCUUUUACCUCCAGUACAAGAACGUCAAGCCAGAUUACCUCAAUGCCAUCUGGAACGUGAUCAACUUUGAAGAGGCCGAGAGGCGUCUCCAGAGCGCAACCAGUGCCAAGCUCUAA